GCAGUGAGGUCUUCCGGGCUGGUUCUCGGGACGUCUCAGUUUAGUGGGUAAAAGGUGAGGAGCGCUGUUGUUGUCCGCAACAACACACACACAGGACCUCGUCAUCUUCCUGCGGACUUUAACAAAGUCUGCUUGUCGUCCAUGCCGAGAGCUCAAGUCAACAUAUCCUGAAGGUAAGCGGAGUUGAGUUAAAAGCUUAGAGAGAAGUUUGUAAUUCAGUUUAUUCGUUUACAUGUCAUUGUUAUUGUUGGAGAAGCGUGGAAGCGAGCCAGUAACCGCAGGAGACUGAACCUCGAGCACACCAACAUUGGUGUAGCGGCUACUUAUCUGAGCUUACAUACUGAAAAACAUUAUUUUUAUAACGUCAAACAAAUGGGGAAUUUAGUCUGCAUUUUUUUAUAGCGAACACACGAGCUAUUGGAUGUUGAACCAGCAGAAAAAGCCACAGUCUUUGGGGUAUUUUGUGAACUGUUUAUCAGACCGUUAACAGAGGAAUGAAAACCUCUGGUGUGCAGUGUGUACCUGCUCCGAGAUGAUCUAACGGGAUCAUAUAGCCUUACUGAGGUUAUACCUGACCCAGAACUUCAGAUAAAGUACACUGAGCUCAGCAUUUAUCCUAAUUAUUAGCGACUUUAUGAACCAAAUCUAGUUCUUGUUUUAAGUGUUUACGUUGUAUAAGAUAUUUAAGUGGUGUAAAAUUAAUCUUAGUUUGUUGACAUAGGCAGUAUUCCUACUCUCACUGUCAAGAUUGAACACACACGUCAUCCAGACUGAUCGACUGAUAGUCGUUCCUUAGGUUCUAGAUGUAACCCCAACAUUUGAUCAUUGAUAAUAGUGCUCCAGUGAUGCAAGGUAGUGUACAUCAGUGUCAGUGUGAUAUUUGUUUGUAUUACAGGAAGAAGAAAUGGCUAACAACUUGUCACAGUCUUUGCCUGAGCGGACCUUCCAGCACCAAAGCAGCCUGCCAUCUUUGCCUGUCCCAACACUAGAGAGCAGUCUCUCUAAAUACUUAGAUGCAGGUAGGACAAGUAUAUCAUACUGUGCUACCACGUUAUUGUUUUAAAGGUCAAACUGAUACUUCAAGGAUGCAGAGUACUCAUAUUUACUUCUUCCAGUACAAUGUUGCCAUGCCUUCUUCUAGUCUAACUGUCUAUGCUAGGCUAAUACAUUGAACCUAAAUUUUUUAAAGUUAAAAUUUUUAACAAUUUAGAAGACCUAAGAAAUUUGCAUUUCCUUGUUUUUCAUCAGUUCGCCCAUUUGCGACUGAGGCAGAGUUAAAAAAUACAUCAGACAUAGUGAAGAAGUUUCAACUGGGCGUUGGUGAAGAGCUUCACCAUAAACUGCUGCAGAGAGCCAAAGCAAAGAAGAACUGGGUGCGUUAUUGAGCUGAACAUGUCAUUUUCUUGUCACAAAUCUUAAGUUUAAUCGCCAACAUUUUUCUAAGUUGACUUUUUCUUUUAUUUGUCAGCUGGAAGAAUGGUGGUUAGAUGCUGCGUAUUUGGAAGUCCGCAUCCCCUCUCAACUGAAUGUGAACUUUGGUGGCCCUGCACCUUACCUGGAGCACUGUUGGCCUCCUGCAGAGGGAACACAUCUGCAGAGGGCUAGUGUUGCCACAUGGCAUAUACUACAAUACUGGAACCUGAUCCGCACGUACGACAUUUUGAAAUACAUUGUUUAAAAUGCUUUUGUGCGUUUAUAGAAGUUGCUUGUCUUUUCAUGUUUUUUAACUGUCUUUUUCACGUUGUAGUGAGACGCUGCCUCCUCAAAAAGCUGGCAAAACACCGUUAGAUAUGGACCAGUUCAGAAUGUUGUUCUGCACCUGCAAAGUACCCGGGGAGAAGAAAGACACCAUUCUGAAUUACUUCAAAACAGGUGAGCUUUCUUAUCUCUCACCUUUGGACACAUCUGCAUACUCUCUAGCCCACUUUCAGCCUACAUAUCACUCUUGCGUAAUGUGCUUUUUGUGCUGUGUCACAGAAAGUGAAGGUUCGUGCCCCUCACACUUGGUAGUGAUGUGCCGUGGAAGAAUCUUCACAUUUGAUGCCCUUUGUGAUGGGAAAAUCCUUACUCCUCCAGAACUGCUCAGGUAGUGAUCACAUAACGGGUGCAGUUGUGUGUCAAUAAUGGAACCUUAGCAUUAAGCAAGGCAGGUUAAUAGGCUCUGUGAAUUUUAAGAACACAAAUACAUAAAAUAUAUUAUAUUUUAUCCCAUGAAAACAUAUUCUUUAUAUUUUGUUUUAAGCUGUUUUAUGUUUGGACAUUGUUUUAACUCCUCACCCUCGCCAUUCCACAGUCUCACCCCACAGACUGAAAUGCAAAAAUCGUUUUCUGUGUGUUCGGAUUUUAUUAAUUUUAAAGUCAGACUUAUUUUAAGCUUUAUACAUAACUUGUGAUGUUUGGAAUUUCACAAUGUCUGUAAGUUUGAAUACUCUUGACAGCAAGAAGAGUUAGUGUAAACAAGAUUGACACAAUUUUUUCACAACAUAUAACCCACUAACAGAAAGCAGGAUACAGCAAACCCCUUAGCAGUAAGUAGUGGAAGAGAAGAUGUACAGUAUGAAUGAUUACAUGACUGGUUUGUUUUAAACCAAUGUUUUAUUAAAGAGCUCUUCAAAUAAAAAAAACAUCCCUAUUGACAGCUUCAGAUAAGAUGCAGCAGAACAUGAAUAAUGAAAACUACGUUAAGGAAUGAAUGAAAUAGGAAAGUAUGAGACUCAUAGAAAGCUACAAAUGCUUUUGAUAUAAUCCAUGUUCAGUUUUUAGAAGGAUAAAAGCAAAACAUAUUGUGUUUUAUUACUUUCCUGUAAACCAAGAUUGGUAGCAUUUUGGCACUUUGUUACUGUGUUAAAAUCUGUCAGCUUCAGUUGCUAAGAAACUGGUGGGAAAGCGUUUAUUUUUGCACAAAUAAAUCACUUUGAUAAGUCAAUCUAUCCUUCUUAGACUGUGCAUAUAAAUUUAACUUUGCUUUGACUUUGUUGCUUAAUUACUAAAAAUGCAUUUUUGUGUUAAAGGCAGCUGAGCUAUGUGCAGAGGGUCUGUGAGGAAGGGCCGGAGGGGGACGGAGUAGGUGUGCUCACCUCAGAGGAGAGAACACGAUGGGCAAAGGUAGGGGUAGCAUACUUGAGUGCUCAGCUCCACAAAUGAUAAAUUAUGGAUUUGUGAUAAAGUUCUCAUGUUACAAGAGUGCACAGAAGAUGCUGUAAAUGUGCCUGCGCAUACUUCCUCUGCAGACCAGGGACCACCUAAUAAGUAUCGAUCCACACAACAAGACUAUCCUGGAGACCAUCCAGAGCAGCUUGUUCAUCAUAUCCUUGGAUGAAACAAAACCUUAUUCUUCUCCAGAGAACUACACCAACGUAAGGGCUGAGAUAGCCUCAAUAACUGAUGAUUGCUUGACUGAAUGUUAUCUCGUCUGAUUGUGUCUUUAUUAUAUCUGAACACAGAUGGCCUUGAUAUCUCUCACGGGAAAUCCCACCAUCCGCUGGGGGGACAAAUCAUACAACUCACUUGUGUUCUCUGACGGCACUUUUGGAUCCAACUGUGAUGUGGGUUUCAUGGUUAAUAGAAAAUACUGUGAAGCCUGUAUGACUUAUUUAGUCAUGUUCUACUUGCCUUUUUUCCUUCAACUCAUCGAUAAAAGUGUUGAAAAUGGUAAAUAAAAACCUAUUCAAAUUGUUUUACAGCAUGCGCCUUAUGAUGCCAUGGUACUUGUGUCUAUGUGCUGGUAUGUGGACCAGAAACUCAAAGCUACAGAUGGCAAAUGGAAGGUAAACCCUGGCAGCUACUUAGUUGUGGACACUUCAUUAUAAGUGGAAAAUGUACACACUUUGAUACUUUUGUCUCUCAGGGCUCAGAUGCGGUCAGACCUGUUCCCCAUCCUGAGGAGCUGGUGUUUACCUUGGAUGAGAAAGUCUGCAGUGACAUCCACCAAGCCAAGCAACACUACCUGGAAUCGGUAAGAUAGUUAUCAACACUAGACUAUACCAGAUACAAGAUACUAUAGUUUACUUAUAGUGAUCACUCUUUUGCUGGUUUUACAGACACAGGACCUGCAGGUUGUGUGUUACGCCUUCACAGCCUUUGGAAAAACAGCCAUAAAAGAGAGGAAGCUGCAUCCAGACACCUAUGUUCAACUAGCAAUGCAGUUAGCCUACUACAAACUGCAUAAAGGGUAUGGACCUGUUCUGAGGAUAGAACAAAAUGUUUAAAGCUUCAGAUGAAACUUAUCCUCAGUGUCUCCUCUUCCUUCUCUCAGGCCGGGAAGUUGUUAUGAGACUGGGAUGACACGCAAGUUCUACCACGGCAGGACGGAAACAAUGCGACCGUGUACCAUGGAGUCUAUGAACUGGUGUAAAGCCAUGAUGGACCCCACAUGUGAUGUAAGUCUGUUAAUGUCACAUGCCCUGCUUUUAACUGCAGAAUCACACAAAGUAAACAAAUCUUUUCCUAUCAGGUUAGUGACAAAAGGAAAGCCAUGCUACUCGCCUUCAUGAAACACAACAAACUGAUGGGUGAAGCCCAGGAAGGAAAAGGUGGGUCAACUUUUCCUUUAUGUAUUGAUAUUUCUACACAACACCGUUCAGAUAUGGGAGCAUCUUUUUGUGCAGCUCUUUUACUACAACAACAACAAAAAUGUACUCCUACCUUCUCAGUAUGUGCCAAAGUUAACAGCUGUAAUAAAUUCAAUACAUUUAAGACUUUUAGGAAUGAGAUUGCAGACAACAAUUAGAUUUUAAAAGCAAUUAUCAAGCUGUGAUAAUUUAUACAAGUUAAUUAAAAUAAAGUGUUUAUAAAUCAUAGGAAACCUAAAUUACUUUGAAGAGGAUCUGAAUAAAUAGUGACAUUUAGCUUCUUGUUUUAAAGGACAAAAAGUGUGUAAAGAGGGGACAUUGCUUUUUUCUGACAAAUAAGUAAACAUGACUUUGGACGUGGUGGCAGGUGGCCCAAUGGUUUAAAGGUGUGUCCCUUGUACAGAGGCUGCGGUCUUUGGUGCAGCAGUGGUUGAUUUGACUUCUGCCCAAAGACCUCUUGCUGCAUGUCUCCCUGAUCCUCAUCACACACUGCCUGUUUGUCUCCAGUUAUUUAAAUUAUAAAGACAAAGCGCCCUAAAAACUUAUAUAAAGAAAAUCAUACACUUUCUACUCAAUGUUAUAGCACAAUUUGCCAGCAGGGGUUGCUAUAGAAACAGAAUUUCACGCCCUCUGUGUGGCAGAGCUUUUAUUACCCUAAUGGCUGGAUCAAUGUUUUUGUGGUUAAGUGCCAUGUUGUGUAUGUAAUGUUCUGAUGUGAAUGUGUCAAUGAUGUUAACCCACAAUAUUUUCCGACAUUGUUGCUAGGUUUUGACAGGCACCUUCUUGGGCUGUAUCUUAUUGCCAAAGAGGAGGGGCGUCCCACUCCAGAUCUCUUCUUGGAUCCUCUCUAUGCAAAGAGGUACUGAAGGCAAAUAUGAUCAUUUUUAUGAAUUAGCUGGUCCAUAUAUUGUUCACUGAAUACCUGCAGGUGUAAAUGGAACAUUUUAUGCAACCUGAAGGCCUGUGCUGUCUCUGUUUCGCUGGUGUGGCAACUAAACUGUACAGAACAAAACUAUGAUAUUGCAGAAUGACAAGAAUGUAUUUAUUGAAUGUUUGAGUUACUCUUUGUAAAGGAUGGUCUGUUUGAUGGAGUCAACUCGUAGACUAGAUAUUGUAAAGACUACAGAAUAAUAUUUGAGUUGUGUUUGUGUCUGCAGUGGUGGUGGGGGUAACUUCGUGCUGUCGUCGAGUUUGGUGGGCUACACCACAGUUCUAGGGGUUGUUGCUCCUAUGGUGAAGCAUGGCUAUGGCUUUUUCUACCGCAUCAGAGAUGACAGGUAGGAAGACAAGAGUUAUUUUUACUUCCCGUGAUUUUGAUUAGGCGUAUUUGUAUUCGUAGCAUUUUUUUGUGAUAAUAUGACCAGCAUUCUUUGAUAAGUGAAACUAGUUGUGACUUUUCCCUGCAUUUACAGGAACAUUGUCCUCUCUUAUGUUCUCUCUCAGGGUUGUGAUCUCCGUGUCAGCAUGGAACUCUUGCCAUCAGACAGACGCUGCCUCACUUUUCAACAACUUUAGUAGCUCCAUGCACGAGAUGUUCCACCUGGCCACCACAUCUCAACUUUAAACCGACAGACCAUCUAAAUUACACAUGUAUCUUUGAGCAUCAAUGCACAUGAGGUUUGCAAACCAUCAGUUUAUAGCUGACAGCUAGUGAUAGUCAUGUUUAUUCUCAGCACAGAUCAAUGCAAAGGUAAAGAGUCAGUGCCUCUCUCUCACUGGUUUUGGCCUUGAAAGAAAUUUGACAGGUCUAUUUCUUGCUGUGAUAAAUAGACCUUUUGUGUAAAUUCAUGUUUCGGAUGUAUAUAUUUCCCUGAUUUUCAUGAUUGUUGUUCAAUGUUUAAUUUCAAAUCCUGACAGUAUUAAUCCACUCUAAAGCUAAAGUGAUGCUGAGGCCACAGACUUUUUAGGAAUGUCUCCCCUCAGUGGAGAAGGUUAGUUUUAUCUAGGAUGGACAUUUAAUUAAUAUAAUUUUUAGCUGCUUUGAGUUUAAGAAUUUUUCUGUGAAAAUAUCAGGCAUUCCACGAUAAGCUCGCAAAGAGAACUGUGAUUUGAGUAAAUAAAGCUGAUUUACUGUUCUAUGUUUGAAAUCCAUGAUUAUAAGGAAACAGAAAUGAUUUUUAUUUUUAAUUUUUUUUACUUUGUUUCUGUGAAUUUUUAAAAAAGCGUUCAGAGAAAAACUUUCACAGAACACAAACUUAAUAUCCCUAUAUGAUUACACACGGCACACCAUCUGCAUUUAAAGCCUUAAACCAUUCUGUAACCUGCAUGUGGUUCUUGAUUGUUCUUGCUUAGAUAUCCAUCUAAGAAACAAACCAAUAUUUUAUAUCUUAAUAAUGACUGUGUAUUCAGAAAAUUCAGUAAAAGACAGAUGGGAAAAUCUUUUGGUUUUGUGGUUCAGUCCAAUGGUAAAUAAAUACAAAGUUGAAACAAAGACUUGAUACAAAACUUUAAUAGUUAAAUACAAGCGUACAACAUUUUUCCAUAUCAGUUAGCAAUUCUGAGCAUUUGUUGAUACAAAAUAGUGAUUACAAUCAUAGUGUGUGACAAAAAUUAUAACCUGCACAGCUCUGUGUAUUCAAUACUUUUUUCUAGGUUGAAUUUUUGAGGCACUUCUGAUGUACUCCAAACUUUUAACAAGAUAAGCAACAUUAAAACAAUAAAUUAUGGGAGAAUCUGCAAAAGUACACGGAGAAAGAUGCAACUGACGUGAUGUUGAUCCCACUGUAAGAGGCAUAACUUGUGUUUUUAAUACAUUAAAAAUCCAGUGUGUUGUUGGCUUAAAUGUUAUACUCCGAACUCUUUAACACUUAAUUUUUGUUGGCACAUAAAUCAUAACCAGUCAAGGCAGUAAGCAUUGAGAAGCUCCAAAGAACAUAAAACUGGCCAUUAUAGAGUCACAGUGUCGAAGGCACAAACUUGAAUGAAUCCUUUUAAAUAAAGAAAAGGAAACAAAAAA